UUAACUUUGCUGAGACACAACAGUCAAAGCCACAGGAACAGUGAAUAGGGUAGCGUUAGUCUCCACCAGGGGGCAGCACACAGAAGGACCAGUGGGCUUUGACUGUGGUACCGGGUCCAUUUCUGUGACGUUACAGAAGGAGCUUAUAUAACACGUGAUGCAGCAGAGACUCAUCAAAGUCAGAAAACAGUGUUGGUGAGUUUCAUGGUGUGCGUCCCAUCCAACACCCAGAACUAUCCCAGCUGAAGUCUGGGUUUUUCUCAGUGUCCACACUUUCACAACAACAAAGAAACAGAAGGUUAUGAUCCACUAACGUCACAUUGGCUGGUGGGAAAGGCCACAAACUGUGGAUCUCAGAGAAAUAAAUUGCCUGAUUAUUGGACUUUGGUGGUCCUGUCUGAAUGUUGGGACUAGACCUGAUCUGAUGGAAGCUGAGCUGUGACCUGUGACCUUGAACACACAGUAGCAGUGUGAGGUGUUCACUGACGCCGACUUUCCACUUGUUCCUAGCAGAGUUUCUGCAGCUCCUUGCCAACAGGCUGCAGGAACUCUGCUACACUGAUUGUGAUUCUACCCAAAUGACGUUUACAACAAACAUCAAUGAGAGGAGUCCAUGUGACUGUGCCAAAGGGAAGAAGUGUGUUAAUUCAGUCUCUUCUGACUAGUUUACUUUGUGUUAGCUAUGCGGGUCAGAUAUGGCCCAGUCAUCCACACCCAAAGCCAACGUUCCUGGUGCUUCCCAGUCAGCCUUUCUCCAAGAUUACUGGACAGAUGCUCACAUCUGGCUUUUAGCACCGUGUGUGUGAUCACAGACAAGAAUGAAGGCAUUUCCUGUUUGUGCACGACAUUAAAGCUCUGCUUCUGACAAGGUGUGUGCGCUGGAGCCAACACACGAGGUGGAGGAGGUGUGUUUUUCCUGCACUGCUCCUCCUCCUCCUCCUCCCCCUCCUCCUCUCUCUUCGUCUCCUUCACACAUGACAGCAGCAGAGUGAGGAGUCAACUCUACCAACACACUCCACCUGGACCCGUCUCACCUGCAGCCAUGGAUUCUCACCACAUCCUGCUGCUGUGGACCUGCAGCCUCCUGUCAGAUCUGAUCCUCGGCUUCAACUUUGACGUAAAGAACUUCAAAAUCUUCUCCGGAUCCAAAGCAACUCAGUUUGGAUACACGGUCCAACAGCACGAGGCAGGAGGACGCCAGUGGUUGCUGGUUGGAGCCCCCUUCGAAGCCACGGGGAAGCAGCAGACAGGCGACGUGUACAGAUGUCCUCUGGACGACAGGAACUCAGCGAACUGCAGUCGACUCAACCUGGGGAAGGUGUCUCUGGACAACGUGUCGGAGAGGAAAGAUGGGAUGAAACUGGGAAUGUCUCUGACCUCAAGCCCCAGAGACAGCAGCUUUGUGGCCUGUGGUCCUCUCUGGUCCCACCAGUGUGGAAGCUCCCUGUACAGCACUGGAAUCUGCUCCAGAGUCGGACGCAACUUCAAGCUCUCCCAAGCCAUCUCCCCCGCUCUGCAGAGGUGUGAGACGUUCAUGGACAUUGUAAUUGUUCUAGACGGUUCUAACUCUAUCUACCCGUGGUACGAUGUCCAGGAUUUUCUUAUCAACAUCCUGCAGAAGUUUUACAUCGGCCCAGGUCAGACACAGGUGGGUGUGAUUCAGUACGGUACCACAGUGGUCCAUGAGUUCAGUCUGAGCGAGUACCAGUCGGUGGAGGAGGUGGUGGAGGCUGCCAGGUCCAUCGACCAACGAGGGGGGGAGGAGACGAGGACGGCGCUGGGGAUCAAUGUGGCUCGGUCGGAGGCGUUCCUGCGUGGUGGACGGCCCGGAGCUCAAAAGGUGAUGAUCGUGAUCACAGACGGUGAAUCUCAUGACAGUCCUCAGCUGGUGCAGGCUGUGGCUGAGAGCGAGUCUGACAACAUCACUAUGUACGCUAUUGCUGUUCUGGGUUACUACAACCGACGAGGCAUCAACCCUGAGGCCUUCCUCAAAGAAAUCAAGUUUAUCGCCAGUGACCCAGAUGAGAAGCACUUCUUCAAUGUGACUGACGAGUCGGCGCUGAAGGACAUCGUUGACGCUUUGGGAGAAAGGAUUUUCACUCUGGAAGGAACCAGCAGCCAGGGUCGAGGCUUCGGCCUGCAGAUGGCUCAGGCUGGGUUCUCCUCACAUCAAGUUAAAGACGGCGUCCUGCUCGGAGCGGUCGGCGCCUACGACUGGAACGGGGCCGUACUGAAGGAAACCAAACACGGGAAAGUGGUCCCCCACAAAUCCUCCUAUAAGGACGAGUUUCCAGAGGAGCUAAAGAACCACGGAGCCUAUCUGGGCUACUCUGUGGGUUCGCUGGUUCCGACCCACAGCUCCCAGCUGUACGUGGCCGGAGCGCCGAGGUUCAACCACACGGGCAAAGUCAUCGUGUUCACGCUGAAGAACAGUGGAAAGCUGACCAUCCUGCAGGCGCUGCUGGGAGAGCAGAUUGGGUCGUAUUUCGGCAGUGAGUUGUUGUCCAUGGACAUUGAUGCUGAUGGACGAUCCGACGUCCUGCUGGUGGCUGCACCCAUGUACUACAGCCGCGGCUGGGAGACAGGCAGAGUGUACAUGUACUCCGUCACUCCACAGACUCCACUCAUCCUGCAGGGGGCGCUUGAGCUCUCCGACCGCUCUCAGAACUCCAGGCUCGGUUCGUCGUUAGCCCAGAUAUCUGACAUGAAUGGAGACGGGUUCAGGGAGCUGGUGGUCGGGGCCCCGCUGGAAGACGACCACAGGGGGGCCAUCUACGUCUUCUUUGGUUGGCACAAAAGGCUCCAGCAGCAGUACAGACAGCGUCUGUCUGCAGCUGCUCUCGCUCCAGGUCUGCAGUAUUUUGGACAGAGUCUUCACGGUGCUCUGGACGCCAACGCAGACGGGCUGGUUGACCUCGCAGUGGGAGCUCUGGGAGCCGCCGUCAUCAUCUGGUCUCGGGCUGUGGUGCAGAUUCAGGCCAAACUCAUUUUUGAGCCAGAGAAGGUCAAUGUCUUUAAUAAAGACUGCAGGCGAGGGGGGAAGGAGGUCGCCUGCAUGUCUGUGACUGUGUGUCUGAGCCUGGACUCCAGGACCAGCAGCAGCACAAAGAGCAGGACGGACGCAGCUGUUUGGUACACGUUGGUGCUGGAUGAGAGACGGGUUCCCUCUCGGGUCGUCCUGGAUGAAGCAGACCGACAGCAGCCCAGGAGCCUGGUUCUGCAGACUGGAGGUCAGAGGUGCCAGCGUCUCGGCUUCUCUGUUCAGGAGACCACAGAUUAUGGGCGCCCAAUCGCUGUGGUUCUGGAGGUAGGGAUGCAGAACCCAAAUGAGGGGCCAGCGCUGGACCCUGACUGGCCGAGCGUCCUGAGGGCCGAGCUCCCGUUCUGGAACGGCUGUGAGCAGGAGGACGCCUGCGUCCCCGACCUCGUCCUCCACAGUCAGGCCGACCUCAUGGACGCUCAGCAGUUCUGCAGCGCGGAGAACCGGGCCGCCUGGUCGCUGUGCAGCCGCCGGGGGCCGUCGGACGGCUCCAUCUACGUGGUGGAGGCCUGGAGGAGAAGGGUGGUGGUGUCCUCGCGCCUGGAGAACCAGGGCGAGAACGCGUAUGGAGCCUCCAUCCACAUCUCCACCUCCCCCAACCUGCUCUUCUCCAGCCUCAUAGUCAAAGACCAAUCAGACGUGCAGAUUGAGUGCUACAACGAGGAGCCGCCGGCCAAUCAGAGGCUCUGUAACAUCAGCUCCCCGUUCAUGAAGUCCUUGUCCCAGGUAUCUUUCAGGCUGGAGUUUGAGUUUAACCGCUCUGUCCUUCUGGAUCACAUAAGGAUCGUCAUGGCAACCACCAGCGAGGGAGAGGAAGGUUACCCUGACGACAACGUCAACAACAUCUUCCUCCCGCUGAGGUACCAAACUGACCUCCUGUUCACCAGGGAUCCGAACAUUCAUCGCUUUGACAUCAGCUCUUCUUCCUCAUCCUGGGAACCAACCGCCUUCAACCUCACUUAUGACAUCCAGAACCUGGGCCUCUUCUCUGUGCACGACCUUCUGUUCAGGGCUGAUCUCUGGGCCGUGACCGUGCAGCAGAACCAGCUGGUGAACAUCACAGACUUCUGUAUCGAACAGCAGACAGUUGGAUCUCGCUGCACACGGCCUCACCCCAGAACCAGCAGCCGGGUCACAGCUGAGGACCUGUCUCACCUGUCACAGCUGAACCAGAGUAACAGCGUUAGCGUAGCAGUCCAGUGCAGACUGGAGCUACCGGGCAGCACAGAACUCAGGCUGGUCCUGAAGGGAGAACUUCACCUGCCGACUCUGCACACAGUGAGCUUCCGGUCUCUGCAGCUACUCAGCGCUGCCUCCAUCCAGCUGGACGCUGUCAGUCCUCUGUUCCUGCAGGAGAACCGGCCCGUCCGCCAGAUCGUACUAGAGCUGAGGAAGCAGGAUGAUCUCAGCAUCCCCGUCUGGAUCAUACUGGGAAGCUCGCUGGGAGGCCUGCUGCUCCUGGCCUUACUGGUGCUGGCCCUGUGGAAGCUUGGCUUCUUCAACAGACGGAGGCGACGGGAGGAGGAGGAGCCAGUAGCCAAUGGAGCAGCAGCAGAGGAGCUGUGACUGCUUAUCUUGCUGGAACGUAGACGGGCUGAACCUGUCACUCAGGGACCCUGACAAACCUGGUCCGGCCAUGUUCAGCCAUCAGCUUUGUCUUUGCUACCACACAACCUGUUUCCAUCUUCAGAUGUCACGUGUGGAAGUUAAAUCCCAUUACAGACAUGAAGUGGGUUUUCACUGUUUGAAUGCAGCAAAAUUAAAUGAGGGAUGAUGGAAAAGCACACAGCAGAGGCUCAAUCAGGGUCACUGCUCAGCCUGGGGUUCUGCCCACCACAGAACCAGGCUGCACCUACCGGAAACCCAGAAGGCACCUGUGAGCGGUUCAGGAAACCCGUCUGAUGAGCUGAGUUCAGUUGUGAUGGCUGCUCGACUUUCCUUUCACACCAGCGUAUCCACGGAUACGUCACUUUCUGAUUUAUAGCUGAUGCACUUUUGUUGUAUAAAGUCAAACUUGAAGUGUAAAUAAAGUGUGCGACUGAG